AUGACUGUGAACGACUCCCUCAUGUCUGAUAACUCUGGAAAUUAUACAAACUAUUCAAAUUCUCCUACAAUAUUGGCGUCAGAACCUUCAGAUAUAGGUACCCACACCAAUCCAAUGCAUCGUUUCAGCAGAGGUAUGAACUUCACAGCAAAUCCAUUGUACCAACACAACCGCCAAAGGUAUCUCAAUAAUCAGGCUGCUCUAUCUCACCAACCACAGCAGCAGCAACCACAGUCAAGAAGAGUAAAGAGAAGAAACUCAGAAGCAUCCGAACAUUUCAAAAAAAUAAAACAAACAUCGGGGUCGUAUAAUCAAACGCCAAUUGACCAGUUAACAUUGGACAAUAUUGAUUUAUCAGAGUACCCAAAGUUCAACCAUCCAGAAGGUGGAAUUAUUCAGUUUACCCCUAUAGGUAACAUCAGAACGUUUAUUAGUGACAAUAAUAUCGUAAACAGGGUAAUUGAACAAAACUCAACGUUCGAUUUGAACCAAACCGAGAAGGGAAUUGACGGAUAUAAGCUCUACUUUGAACAUGUUCAAAUGAAUACAUCUCCUUCCAAUGAAAUUGAGGGCUAUAUGAGAACGGGCUAUUCUAACCCGAUAACGUCAAAUUCUUAUUAUAGCAAUGCUCCAUCGUCUUAUCCCAACAACUUUGACUAUGAUUGUGACUCUGAUUUGGAAGAGGACGACUACAUGAACUGA